AUGACUGCUGUCCGGGAUGCUAUGAAUCAUCCUUAUGUGGCGGCACAUGGUUAUGCGUGUGUCCGUGUAGAUAUGCGUGGCACAGGCGACUCUCAAGGGCUGUUGUUGGGCGAGUACCUCAAGCAAGAACAGGACGACGCCCUCGAGAUCUUGAAAUGGAUUGCUGCUCAGAAAUGGUGUACCGGGGCAAUUGGAAUGAUUGGCAUUUCCUGGGGUGGUUUCAAUGGACUACAAGUCGCUGCUCGGCGACCGCCUGAGCUUCGCGCUGUCAUCACCAUGUGCUCAACAGACGACCGCUACAACGACGAUAUUCACUACAUGGGUGGCUGUGUAUUGACUGAGAAUCUCACUUGGGCCGCAUCCAUGCUAUCCAUCAACUCCUCCCCUCCAGACCCAGCUCUGGUUGGAGACGAGUGGCGUGACUUGUGGUUGAAACGACUCGAGUCUGGUGGAUUCUAUGCCAAGGAGUGGCACGAAAACCAACGUCGGAACGAUUUCUGGAAGCAUGCUUCUGUCUGCGAGGACUACAGCUCUAUUCAGUGUCCCGUCUAUCUCGUGGGAGGAUGGAUGGAUCCCUACACCAAUACCAUAUUCAGGAUGCUGGAAAACCUCAAAGUUCCGCGAAAGGGCCUCGUCGGACCGUGGGGCCAUAAAUAUCCAAACUUUGGAUACCCGGGACCACAGAUUGGGUUCUUACAGGAAUCCAUCAGAUGGUGGGAUAAAUGGUUAAAAGGGAUUGAGACGGGGAUUAUGCAUGAGCCCAUGCUGCGGUGUUUCCUGUCCGAGACAACUCGGCCUGCGCCUUAUGUUGAAACUCGGCCUGGUACUUGGGUUGCCGAGGAUAGCUGGUCUGACGACAAAUGUACCUUCAAGCACAUGAGUCUGUCUCCAGGAAAACUGACCAGUGGAGAAUCGAAUAGCCUUGAUAAGAUUGAUAUUUGUUCUCCGCAAACUCUCGGCUUCGCUGGUGGUAGGUGGUUGAUUUUUGGCGUCGAAGGCGAAGGACCCGCAGACCAACGUCUGGAGGCUGGUGGUUCUCUCAUAUUCGAUACAGAGCCCUUUGCAAAACCGACAGACUUUCUUGGGCCCCCAGCCUUAGACUUACGCAUCGCAAGCAACAAGCCAAACGCCUUGAUAGCAGCGACAUUGUCGGAAGUCUUACCAGACGGUGCAGUCACCAAGAUCUCCCACGGACUCCUCAACCUCACACAUCGACAAGGCCAUCAAGACUUAGAGCCUCUCCAGCCAGGUAAAUUCUACGAGGUUACUCUCAAGUUGAAUCAUUUUGGAAAUCGCAUCAGCCCUGGGAGUCGUCUCCGUCUUGCGCUGUCGUCAACAUAUUUCCCCAUGGUAUGGCCAUCACCUGAAGUCACUACUCUCACCAUCGACUGCGCCCAAAGUGGCCUCGACUUACCAAUCCGACAAGACAAUCCGCUCGACUCGCAACUUAGACCUUUCAGGCCAGCGGUCAAUGGCGCUUUAUCCCAAACGGAACUACGGCCUGUGAACCACAAAACAUUCGUCAACCAGGACUGGGAUACCCAAGAGACUGCUCUUCACGUUGACUGGGACGACGGCAAAUGGAAAAUUGACCAGACUGGUUGGGUCUACGGCUGGUGGACCACGACAAAGGCCAGCGUGUUGCCGGAUGAUCCCUUGUCAGCAUGCGUCGAGCAGCGUUGGGAAAGGGAGUUUGAGCGGGAUCAGAUAAAGCUUCAGCAAGAGGGCUGGGUUAGAAUGAGGAUGAAAAAGACGAGUAUGAUUAUUACGGCAUAUGUUGAUGCGUUUGAACAAGGAGAGAAGAUCUUUAGCCGUAACUACAAAUUUGAAGUUAUGAGAGACUAUAUAUAG